AUGGCUUCCGACACAAAGACCUCGUCCAUGAAAGAAAUCAAAUUCGACGAUGCAGAGAAGAUCGAAAAGAUUGGUUCCGCGCAAGAUCGCGCUAAUGAAAUCGCUGAGCUCUCUGGCAUCGAGGCAACGGCCGCGUCGAAAGCGGCGUGGCUCAUCUCCAUCGUCGUUUCGCUCGGGGGACUCCUUUUUGGCUAUGAUACUGGCUACAUCUCCUCUGUACUCGUUACCAUUGGUACCUCGCUCGGCCAUACCCUCAGCUCGUCAGAACAAGAGCUCGUCACCUCGCUCACCUCCGGUGGUGCCCUCGUUGGAGCUGUCGGCGCUGGCUUCACGGCUGAUCGAUUCGGCCGAAAGAUGCCCAUCUGGUGUGCCUGUGUCAUCUUCGUCAUCGGUACCGUACUUCAAACGGCGGCAUUUACGGUCUCGCAAUUUGCGGUGGGUAGGUUUGUAGUCGGUCUUGGAGUUGGUAGCGCAGCGAUGGUUUGCCCCCUUUAUAUUUCUGAACUAGCACCUGCCAAAUACCGCGGUCGUAUGAUUGCCUUCAAUAACAUGUCUGUGACUUUCGGUCAACUCCUUGCAUCUGCUAUUGGUGCCGGUUUUGCUAAAGCAGGAAAUCCGGCCACCUCCCAGGCAUGGCGUGCAACUGUUGGUACUGGUGCUGCGCCGGCUAUCGCGCUCGGUGGCCUUCUUUUCCUAUGUCCAGAGUCUCCGCGUCAGCUUGUAGCGCACGACAAAUCGGAAGAGGCGAUGAAGGUUCUCAAUAGGAUCUACCCUACCUCCACGGAGGAGCAGCGUCGUGGGAAGAUUGAUAGUAUCGAAAUGAGCAUCCAGGAAGCAACACAAACCAUGGUCGACGAUUCUAUUUGGAUGUCAUUACGCCGAAUAUUCACUACACCUGCCACCGGUCGCGCUGUCUUAACUGCAUGCUUGAUCAUGGCGGUCUCGCAGCUGGGUGGUUUCAACACGUUGAUGUACUACUCUGCAACACUCUUUAAGAUCGUCGGCUUCAACAACGCCACAGCUGUCGCCAUCACUGUUUCCGGGACUAACUGGGUGUUUAGUAUGGUAAACUUGGUCCUUGUAGACAAAUUCGGUCGACGCGCUAUUCUUCUAGUCACGGUUCUUGGAAUGGCAAUUUGUCUGCUCAUUGCCGCCGUCUCCUUCCACUUUAUUCCAAUCAACCUUUCCACCCUAGAACUAGAGUCGGAUACGGUGGGAUGGCCUGGAAUCGUCCUGCUCGUUACAAUUAUCUGCUACGUUGCAUUCUUCUCUUCUGGGGUUGCUACUAUGGGAUGGAUUGGUACCGAGCUCAUUCCACUAGAGGUUCGUGCGGUUGGAACUAUGUUGAACACCGUAACUUGCUGGUCUACGAACAUCAUCAUUGCAUCUACGUUCCUCUCCAUGAUGAAGGGCAUCACCCCAUCCGGCGCCUUUGGAUUCUACUGCGGGAUUUGCGUUGCCGGCUGGAUCUUCAUCAUUUUCUGCUAUCCGGAAUGCAAGGGAAUGCCGUUAGAGGCUAUUCGAGAGGUCUUUGCCCAUGGGUUUGGUGUGAAGUAUUCGAAGCAGUGGCAGAGGGAGAACAAGCACUUUGUGAAGCUGAAUACGCAGCAGAGUUUUACUCACUAG